GUUUCCACUGGUCAGUCUGCACAGCAACAUCAAACACACCUGGACUCUGUGGUUAUGCGGCUGGAGGACAACAUCACCAUGUUUGUGAAGAACGAGCUGAAGAAGAUCCAGAAGCUUCUGAGUCCAGAUCACCCAGAAACUUUAAAGAGCCAGAUGGAGGAUGAGGAGAUGUUUGGAGGUGAGGAUGAAGAUGAAAGAAAGAGCUGCAGAGAAGCAUUUCUGAAGAUCACACUCCACUUCUUGAGGAGACUUAAGCAGCAUGAGAUGGCUGACCAUCUGCAGAGCAAAAUAUUUGCUUUACUCUGUAAACGUGAACUUAAAGCCCAACUGAAGAAGAAGUUCCAGUGUGUGUUUGAGGGCAUCGCUAAAGCAGGAAGCCCAACCCUCCUGAAUCAGAUCUACACAGAGCUCCACAUCACAGAGGGAGGGACUGCAGAGGUCAAUGAUGAACAUGAGGUCAGACAGAUUGAAACAGCAUCCAGGAAACCAGACAGAGCAGAAACAACCAUCAGACAAGAAGACAUCUUUAAAGUCUCACCUGGAAGAGACGAACCAAUCAGAACAGUGCUGACAAAGGGAGUGGCUGGCAUUGGGAAAACAGUCUUAACACAGAAAUACAGCCUGGACUGGGCUGAAGACAAAGCCAACCAGGACAUCCAGUUCAUAUUUCCAUUCACUUUCAGAGAGCUGAAUGUGCUGAAAGAGGAAAAGUUCAGCUUGGUGGAACUUGUUCAUCACUUCUUUAAUCAAACUAACCAAUCAGGAAUCUGCAGGCUUGAAGACUUCCAGGUUGUGUUCAUACUUGAUGGUCUGGAUGAGUGUCGACUUAAUUUGGACUUCAACAAAACUAAAAUCCUGACUGAAACAAGAAAGUCCACCUCAUUGGAUGAACUGCUGACAAACCUCAUCAGAGGGAACCUGCUCCCUUCUGCUCGCCUUUGGAUAACAACACGACCUGCAGCAGCCAAUCAGAUCCCUCCUCAGUGUGUCGACAUGGUGACAGAGGUCAGAGGGUUCACUGACCCACAGAAGGAGGAGUACUUCAGGAAGAGAUUCAGAGAUGAGGAGCAGGCCAGCAGGAUCAUCUCCCACAUCAAGAAAGCUCGAAGCCUCCACAUCAUGUGCCACAUCCCAGUCUUCUGCUGGAUCACUGCUACAGUUCUGGAGGAUGUGCUGGAAACCAGAGAGGGAGGACAGCUGCCCAACACCCUGACUGAGAUGUACAUCCACUUCCUGGUGGUUCAGGCCAAAGUCAAGAGGAUCAAAUAUGAUGGAGGAGCUGAGACAGAUCCACACUGGAGUCCAGAGAGCAGGAAGAUGAUUGAGUCACUGGGAAAACUGGCUUUUGAUCAGCUGCAGAAAGGAAACCUGAUCUUCUAUGAACCAGACCUGACAGAGUGUGGCAUUGAUAUCAGAGCAGCCUCAGUGUACUCAGGAGUGUUCACACAGAUCUUUAAAGAGGAGAAACAACUGUACCAGAACAAGGUGUUCUGCUUUGUUCAUCUCAGUGUUCAGGAGUUUCUGGCUGCUCUUCAUGUCCACCUGACCUUCAUCAACUCUGGACUCAAUCUGCUGGAAGAACAACAAACAACGUCCAUGUGGCCUAAAUUAUUUGAUAAACCAAAACUCCAAUCUCUCCACCAGUGUGCUGUGGACAAGGCCUUACAGAGCCCCAAUGGACACCUGGACUUGUUCCUUCGUUUUCUCUUGGGUCUGAAGACUAAUCAAACUCGUUUGCAAGGCCUGAUGACACAGACAGGAAGUAGCGCACAGACCAAUCAAGAAGCAGUUCAGUACAUCAAGGAGAAGCUCAGUGAGAAUCUGUCUGCAGAGAAAAGCAUCAAUCUGUUCCACUGUCUGAAUGAACUGAAUGAUCGUUCUCUACUGGAGGAGAUCCAACAGUCCCUGAGAUCAGGACGUCUCUCCACAGAUAAACUGUCUCCUGCUCAGUGGUCAGCUCUGGUCUUCAUCUUACUGUCAUCAGAAAAAGAUCUGGAUGAGUUUGACCUGCAGAAAUACUUUGGUUCAGAGGAGGCUCUUCUGAGGCUGCUGCCAGUGGUCAAAGUCUCUAAAAAAGCUCUGUAA